ACGGCUGUUCAUCAUUCGCCUAGCAUUAACGCUCUGCCGUGUUCUGUGAAAAUAUGCUUGUGCAAACAGGUAUAUACGUCUUCAAAGGAAAAGGAGUUAAUAAGUGAGAAUACUGGAAUGUCGUCAAUUCACUUUAUCCAAUAGGAGACGGUUUAGAAGAAUGUACGACAGUGAAUUGUACAAGAAUGACCGACAGAUUGGAUUUCUGAUCACACUGUUAGCGAACAGUUAUUUCAAAUAUUAUUUUCUUAGCACAUCGCGCGAGAGUAACUGGGAGUUUUAGAAAAUCUCAGAACUAAUCGUAGGGUUACUACGAACUCUGUUUACAUCAAAAGAACGCAAAAGCUCCGAUACAAUGAAUUGAAUAUACAAUUACAUUUUAUAUAAAGUUUACUUUGGAGACGUUUUUAUUUUGAGAUGGAUUGUUAUAAAAGGGUUAAUUAGCGUCCAUUUUCAUAGAUUUUUUUUUAUCUCAGCAUUUUCGUGUGUAUAAGAAAUCAAACAACAACAAAGACAAUUAAAAAAAGGUAAAAAAUUGAUAUUGUUUGGAUUUUUUGUCGUCGCUUUGAUAAUGGAUAAUUGUGAUGCCACGAGAUCCAAUAUGUGCACAAAAUCUAUAAUUAUUACAAGAAAAUGGUUUUAGUAAAACAUGGAUUCGAAAUGAUGAAAAGGAAAUCAGUUGCGACUUUUUUUCUUUGAUGCUACUUUUUUUUCAGUAAUAUUUAUUUGACCAUAACUACUGGAACUAUGGAUUACGCGUAUGAUGAUGUAGAUGUAGAUGUAGAUUACAGCUUUUAUGGACUUGAUUACGGUAAUGAGACGUUGGAUUAUGGAAACAUUCCUUUCCCCGGGGAGAUAAAGAAAGUGCCCUUGUACGAGAUCAUUCUGAAAUCCUACCUUUACGCUAUGAUCAUUUUCUUUUCCUUGGUAGGAAACACGUUGAUUAUAGUGGUGGUGCUACGGCAUAAACAAAUGAGGACAACGACCAACUUCUACAUCGUGAAUCUUGCUGUCGCUGACAUCCUUGUGACGGUCUUCUGUACUUGGGUCCAUCUCGUAAACAAUCUAAACAACAAUAACUGGGUGUUGGGAGGCUUCUUCUGUAAAUUCAACACAUUCUCACAAGUCUUAUGUCUGGUAGCAAGUGUUCUGUCCUUGACCUUGAUUGCUUACGACAGAUUCUUCGGGAUCGUUUUUGCACUGAAGGCUCACAUGACGAAUCGAAAAGCUCGCUUCUCCAUAGGUGUUAUCUGGCUGUGUUCAUUUGCUAUCGCUGCCCCGUUGUUAUGGUUCCGAGAGCUUAAAGAACGUCAAUGGCUAGACUAUACAGAACGAUGGUGCGAUGACACGUGGCCACUGGAAACAAAAUCAGUUCCAGGAUUAAAUUAUACCGUGGAAUACAUGCCAUCGAGGACAAUAUAUUUCACAUUCGUGUCAGCUGUCCUAUAUUUCUUCCCUAUGAUUGUGAUGACAAUAGCGUACUCAGUUAUCAUCAGAAAACUCAGAUCAAGUACCAUUCCUGGUGAAAGAGUGAAUGCUGGUUACGAAGCACAGCAAAAGACAAAACGAAAGGUGAUUGCAAUGUUGGUGACAAUUAUGGCAGUGUUCGGUGUAUGUUGGUUACCCUACCAGAUAGUUCUGCUCUACAGUGAGCUUCGAGAGACAAGAGAAAUGCUCGGGGAAUGGUACUUUACGAUGCAGUUUCUGGCAGGAUGUUUUGCGUACUCUAACAGUGCUCUCAAUCCGUUGAUUUACGCAGGAUUUAACAAGAAUUUCAAACAAGGUUUGCGUGGGGUAUGGCAGACUGUUCGUUGUCACAGAAACCCAGCAGUAAUGGACCCUAAAACAUAUGGAACGUAUCAUUCGUCAACAUAUGCCACUGCUUUAUAGUCUAGAUACUGACAUUGUUUAUGUUUGUUUCCAUAGUCUGAUCAAGAGGGACCAUGUGUACUAUGCUGUUGAUAGGUUAAGAAUUCUGCACGAACGUAUCUAAAGUCUUUUGUUGUACAUUUUGUAAAAUGCCGCAAUAAUUAUUUUGCUCUCGUGUACAUGUAGCUUGAAAACGUGACCAGAUACAAACUGGUGACUAAAACUAUGAAAGAGCAUCUGAUCACACGAAUCCAGCCGUAGCUGAAGUUGUGUUUUUUUUCUGAAAACUCUAGAAAUAUGCAUUGAUUGGUAGUAAUAUUUUAUCGAGGAUCAUUGUACAUUAUUUCUCAAAUAUGUAUGCCUCGACGGAAAAUGAAAAAUAAUAAAACACCAGUUACGACAAGGGUUUUAUGUGUCUUAAUUACAUAAAACCGAAAACGAAACUAGGUAUAUAUCAAUAUUUUAUUUAGUCUGUUGUGAUAAAUAUUGAAAAGCAAAUAGUCAUUAAGCAUGAAUCAUUUAUUGUCUCGGUUUGGUGACUUUUGCAAUUAAGACGUAUCUUUGAUUAUGUCUGUUAUGUUGCUGGAUAAAAAUUACUCCUUUUGGAAAUAAUGUAUCUUUACAAUAUACGUCAUGUAAAGAGCUUUGAAUAUUGCAAUAUUCCAAUUAUGGAAAGAACUUGUUGUUGUUAGUUUCCAAGUGUAUGAAGAAAUCAUAGCUUGUUUUCUGUGAUAAAAAGUUAAUGUAAUAUGUUGUGAUUAUUAAAUGUUAUGCGAAGCAAUUAAAUACACUAAUGACAAUUAUAAUGUCUGGCUACGUUGCGAGGAUAUUUGUUAUAAAUACAAGCGUCGGUUGAAUAGGAUAGUGUCUCGAGAAUAACAUUAAUCAAUUACAAACAGUAUUAAAUUGUUACGGUAAAGUUAUUUCAUAUUGGAUCUAAGCUGUUCUUAGAGUAUACACAUUUUGGAGGAUAUGAAGAAUGACAGUUAAUUGAUAACACAUUUGAAAAACGAUCAGUGUUUUGAAGUUUUAACGACAUAAACUAGAAAUCGUUGGCAUGUCUUUAGCCAAUACUGUAUUUUGUAAAUGUAUAGUGAUUUAUUUCAAACAACUGAAAUAAAUAGUGGUGUGUGUAUAUAAAUAUAAUUUUGUAUCAUAUUGAGAUUAAUUGUUGUUGACGAAAUAGUGCUAUUGAUGAUUUCAUUUAAGUGAAUAAACAGUAAGACCUAA